AGACUUCGAUUCGUCUUUGUCGGCGAUUCUGCCUGCGGCAAGUCGAGCAUGCUACUCCGCUUCUACCGUGAUACCUUCACUCAAGCGUGGUUACCUACCCAGUAUGAGCUCUUCAAUAAGACCGUCGAUGUCGAUGGCCAAGACUUUGAUCUCGAGCUUUGGGAUACCUCUGGCAACAUCGAGUUGAACCAGCUCUCUCUUCUUUCCUACCUAGCCUGGGACGGAGUCUUCCUCUGCUUCAGCGUCAAUAGUGACAAGAAGUUCACCAAUGCCCAAACCAAGUGGAUCAACUCCAUCCGUAUGCACUGUCCUGGCGCUCCCGUCUUUCUCCUCGGACUGAAGAAAGACACUCGUGUCGGCUCUGGCAUGUGGGCACCGCUGUUCCCUACCUGGGAGACUCGCAUCGGCGCUUCUGAGGGCUCCAUGGCUGCCCACGCCAUGGGCACGGUCAAGUACAUGGAGUGUUCGGCCAAAACGGGAGAGGGUGUGGACCGAAUCUUCGAGGAGGGAGUCAGAAUUGUCCAGACUCUCCGCGCCGGAGAUGACGCCACGAUCCGAGAGAAGCCCCAGAAAAUGAGCCUGGGCAAGUUGUUUUGCUUCCAGGCGGAACAAUGA